CUUAAUGAUACGGACUAGUAGCAGUAGAGCAGCUUGAGACGAUACUGCACACGAAUGUCAGUCGCAGUGCGGGAUUUUUCUUGCAUUUAUCAGAAAGACCAGCAGGCAGUGGCUGUUAAUUAGCUCGUUUCUUUUUUUUUCCUGCAACACACGCACAUACACAACUAUGAGUGACAAUGAACGUUCCGGAGCAGCCGAUGAUGACCUGUCGCUUCCAAAAGCCACCGUUCAAAAAUUAAUAAACGAAAUGAUGCCAAAUGAGAUUGCUUGCGCCAAAGACACACGAGAUCUACUUAUUGAUUCCUGCGUCGAAUUUAUUCACUUGAUCGCUUCGGAGGCAAAUGAUAUUUGCGAGCGCGAAAAUAAAAAGACGAUCGCUGGUGAACACGUUGUGGCUGCGCUGCAGGCUCUUGGUUUUGACGAUUACGUAGAGGAAGUAGACGAAGUUUAUAAAGAACACAAAAAACAACAGAAGGAGCGAGACCGAAAAAGUACACGUUUGGAGAACACAGGCAUAGCGGAAGAGGAACUGUUACGGCAGCAGGAAUUACUUUUCGCACAGUCUCGACAAAAGUUCGAAGCGCAACAACAGUAGACACACACACACACACACACAUACGCACCUAUUUUGACAACGGCAUAUUAUUACCCUAACACCCGCUAUCGAAACUGUUUGCCCUGUAGCAGCAGCAUUUCAUCACAGCCAUCAACCAAAUCCACUUGAACCCAUAUCUUCUCUCGCUUGCUCUCCCUCGUAAAUAUACAUACUCCCUUUCUCCUCUCUCACAUCAUCCAUUUGUUGAAGCCACUUACAAUGAAGAACAAAACGAUACAAUAUUUCAUUUUAAGCAUGUACAAUGCCCCCACCUAAACAAUUAUAGAAGAUGUCGAGAAGCUCUCGUCGCCUUAACUUCUCGUCACUUAAAAUCAAAAAUGCUCACUCUAUGGUCAAUGUUUUUAUCUAUUCCAACAGUCUGGGGUCGAAUGCGUUCAACAAGAUGAUCGUAAACUGGAAUGACUUUGUAUGACAUUUGGUUUACAACGUCCGACCAACCAUGCC